UAUUGCUCUGAAGUUACCCUCACUCUCUCUCUUUCUCUCUCAAUAGUUAUUUAUUUUCUGCUUUGAUCUUGCAUGGGUAGUCAGGUACAUAUCAACGAAAUUAGUCCAGAACCAGAUGUCAAAACUGUUGAAUGUGAGUCGGGUGUUGUGGAGGAAAGGAGGAGUUUAGCGUACUUGACAUGGGAAGAGCUUGGAGUAGUUGUUUCAAGCUCAGAGUGGAAUGCAGGGAAAGAUGGAUGUAAAUCUAUACUUUCUGGUGUCUCUGGUUAUGCUAAACCAGGAGAGAUUGUUGCGAUUAUGGGUCCUUCUGGUUGUGGGAAGUCCACUCUCCUUGAUUUAUUGGCUGGGAGGUUGGCUUCCAAUACAAGGCACAAUGGACGAGUUCUAAUUAACGGACAUAAACAGAGGCUUACCUAUGGCACUUUGGCAUAUAUGACUCAAGAACAAGUUUUAAUGUGGACGCUAACCGUGAAAGAAGCCGUGUACUACUCAGCUGAACUCCAACUGCCCAAGUUGAUGCCAAGAUCUGAGAAGAGGGAGAGAGCAGAUAGAACAAUAAGGGAGAUGGGGCUCCAAGAUUGUGUGAACACCAGAAUAGGAGGUUGGGGUUUUAAAGCACUUAGUGGUGGUCAAAAGAGGCGUGUAAGCAUUUGUUUAGAACUCUUGACACACCCCAAACUUCUGUUGCUUGAUGAGCCUACGAGUGGCCUUGAUAGUGCGACUUCAUACCAUGUCAUGAACCAGAUUGUCAAGCUCACUCUGCAAUACCAGAUGACGGUUUUAGCAGCAAUCCAUCAACCUAGUAGUCAACUUUUUGGACUCUUUAACAAUCUUUGUCUUCUCUCUAUGGGGAAAACGAUAUACUUUGGUCCUACUUUGGCUGCAAAUCAGUUUUUUGCAGUAAAUGGUUUUCCUUGCCCAGAUCUCCAGAGUCCUGCAGAUCAUUACCUUAUGACAAUCAACAUAGAUUUUGAUGAGGACACUGUUCGUGGAGAGGUUCCUGCUGAGCACGUAAUCAGUGCACUUGCUGAAUCUUACAAGUCAUCCGAGAUGUAUACGAAAGUGAAAAAUGAAAUAUCCACUAUAUGUAGAGAGAAAGGAGACCUAAUUCUGAGAGAACGAAGCCUACAAGCCAAAUUCAUUACACAGUGCUCGAUAUUAUCGCAAAGAUCGUUUAUAAACAUGUACCGUGAUCCAGGAUACUACUGGUUGCGCCUUGGCAUAUAUAUUGGGUUUGGUUUUUCGCUAGGAACAAUCUUUUUCCAAAUUGGUUUGGGAUUUGGCUCUAUUCAUGAUAGGGUUUCAAUGAUCAUGUUUGUUUCAUCAUUCUUGACCAUUUUAGCCAUUGGCGGGUUCCCCUCCUUUGUGGAGGAAGUAAAAGUCUUUCAAUGGGAAAGGUUAGAUGGGCAUUACACGGUUGGAUCAUUCGUUAUCAGCAACGCCAUCUCUUCAAUACCAUACCUAUUUCUCAUCUCCAUAAUCCCAGGAGCAAUAGCUUACUCACUCAUGGGACUUCAAAGUGAACCCAACUUAUUUAUCUAUUUUGUGUUAGUAAUCUUUGCGUCAAUGUUGCUGGCUGAGUGUCUUAUGAUGAUUGUAGCUACCAUUGUUCCAAAUUUUCUCAUGGGGAUCAUAUGUGGUGCUGGAAUCCAAGGAUUGAUGAUACUAGCGUCAGGGAUCUUUCGAUUGCCAAAUGAUUUACCCCAUGUUAUAUGGAGAUACCCUAUGUACUAUAUUUCGUUCCAUAGGUACGUAUUACAAGGAUUGUAUAAAAAUGAGUUUGAAGGGCUAAAGUUCCCUGAGUACUCAGGAGGUCCUCCUACAAUUGAUGGUGAGAUGAUAUUGAAGAGUGUAUUGCAAAUCGAGAUGCAAUACUCUAAGUGGGUUGACCUGGGAGUCUUGUUUGGUAUGCUUGUUGCAUACAGGAUAAUCCUCUUCUGUACUAUUAAGAUAAUAGAGAGAGUGAAACCUAUUAUUAAAGAUUUCAUGUCGUGUUAUAGUUAUAGCAACUAGAAAUUCUUCUACCGGACCCCAUGUGUUGUUUGUAACACUUCUUUUGUCUACAUGAACCACAU